CCCUCAUCUCGAUUUCCCCAUCUCAACUCUCGGUCGUCUUUUGAGUCUGUACCAUUAUCCUCUCGGUCGGAGACGAUGUCAUCAUUCCUUUGUCUCUGAGUGCUUCAGAUUCAGAUACGAAUCCCUGUUUCUUUAUUCAAUCUCGAGUGUUAAAACUCGCGGCCUCGCCAGCCGAAGGCUUUGUGCGACCUACACAGCCAGAUUUGACGACCUGCUCAGCCUUGUCUCACGGAAUAAGAGGGAAAUUGUUCUGUCUCUUCAGCCCCCUUUGUCUGCUGACCCCUCGCCACGACGUUCACAACUCAUGCUGCUACUACAUCUUGACUUUCCUUCUUGUUCUCGUCGUUAACUGCAAGCACCAUCAAGAUGUCCUAUUACGGGGACACAUCGUCGAUAACUUCGGCGGCGACGACUACGGCGACGACGUCGACGGCAAGCCGCUCCUCCACCUCGUCAGCAACAACGGGCGUGGCGACACACACGGUCGAAGUUGGCUCCAAGACCUCUCCUCAUGGGUAUUCUCCGCAUAACAUCACCGCCAAAGUUGGCGACGUGAUUGUGUUCGAAUUCUAUCCUCGGAACCAUUCAGUCGUGAAAGCCGACUACCUAGCGCCGUGCGUGCCUGCUAGCAAGUCCGUCUUCUACUCGGGAAUCUUCAACAGUUUCAAUGAAGAUGAUGGCGAUUUGGUCGGACCGCCACCUACAUGGUCCCUCGUUGUGAACGACACCGAGCCAACCUUCUUCUACUGCACAGCCAUAGAUUCCUGCCUUGUCAAUGGCAUGGUAGGCGUCAUCAAUCCUAACGAAACGAUGACCUGGGAAGCGCAAUACGAGAAAGCAAAAACCUACCCUUACAUGCUCGUCCCCGGCCAGUCCAUGCCGGCCGAAGGCUCCAUCCCCACCUCCAACAGCACCGUCAGCUCCAGUCCAUCUGCCUCCUCGUCGUCCGGAUCCGGCGGCCUCAGCGGCGGCGCCAUAGCAGGUAUCGUCGUGGGCUCCGUCGCCUUCGUCGGCAUCUUGGGCGCAUUAUUCUUCCUUCUGGGACGGAACAGGGUGUAUCAGAAGUGGAUGUCCUCACAGGACGGUCGCACGGAGCGGACGGCGAAGUGGGCGGCGAUGUUGAGCCCUGGUCAUGGUGGCGGGGACCAGGCGCAGAGCCAGGGACAUGGACGGGGAAAGAGUGACUACGACGCGGGCGUCGCCGGGCUAGGGGUUGGCAUGAUGCAGACGGCUCCCGGACAGCCUCUCCAGCAGCAACAGCAGAUGCAACAGCCGUACGGGGACUACGGCAACGCGCAGUCUCCCGGAACGGCGGUGUAUGCGACCAGUCCGGAUCUGUCGGGGUCACCGCCGCCCCAGAGUCAGGGGGGCCAUUGGAGUUGGGAUGCGCAGCAACAACAGCAGGUGUACCAGGAGCAGGCACACGGGCACCAGCCUGGGCAGGUUUAUUAUGAAGCGAUGGCGAGAGGGCCGUCGGAGUUGGAGGCUACGAGUAGGAAAUGAG